AUGAUUGGCAUGACGACUAGCGAUGAUGAUGAUGCAAAGAAAACGCUCUCUCACCAACAAAUCUCUGCUUUUUGGAGAGAUUUUCUCAUGAUAUCCAGCGGAUCAUCCAUUUUGAAAGAAAUUAUUCCAAAAUAUCAGAAUUAUAAAUCGACAGAAAAUAUUCUCUAUGCAAAGUAUAAUGGAUUUCCGUCACGUUUUCACGCAAAAGUGUUUUACAGCUUGGCAAAUGAAAGAUUGAAUUGUGAAAACAUGGAUAGUUUUAUUUCGGCCUAUUCAGAACUUUCGGAAAAGCCACAAGAAUGA